AUGGGGACAGUCGACUCGAAUUAUUUUGGCUGUGAAGAAGAUGAAGGCGUCACGACAUUAGCCGAGGAAGACUCCCGUGGACGGUUGCCUGUGACUCAUGCCAUUUCCAGGGUUGCGUAUCAUCUCGACUAUUUCUGGAGACAGACGUCUAUUGCUGGCUUUCGAGCUCUCAGCUUUCAGAGCGGUGACGUGAAGGUGUUGAAUGAGUCGAUCUUGUUCCUUGUGGAUGUUAUCAAUAACGACAUUUUCCCAGCAGUCGACUAA